AUGCUGUUGAAAUUGUUGUUCAUCCUCGCUGCUGCUAGAGGUACAGAAGUCCCAGAUAUAUGUGGAAAGGCCGGUCUCAUUGUUCUGAACUUUACAGAAGGGCCUGUUGCCGGUGUUACUGACAAGAUCCUGAACACAAUGAAGGACCUGGAUGUAAAGGGUAUGUUUACAUUUACUGUGAACCAGCGUGUAACUGGAAAUGUCAAGAACCUAUAUCAGAGAGCAUGGGAAGAAGGACACACGGUCGGGCUCAGACUCAAUCCAAGCUUGGACAGUGAUUAUGGCGCAAUGAAUCGUGAUUCCAUGGAGCAGCUUGUAAAGGAAGAACUCGAUACGAUUGACGGUCUUUCACACUCAGAGAUCAGAUAUGCAACUCUUCCAGUCAAUGGAGGCGAAGUAAACUCUGAAAUGUACGAUGUGUUGACUGAGAACGGAGUUCUUCCUGUUGGAUACACAUUCUGCCCAUAUGAUUACGAUGGGAAGGAAAUCGAGAAUUUCGAAGACCUGAUCGAUAAUUCAAACCCAAAUAACCACUCAUUCAUCGUUAUGAUGCAUGAUGGGAUGGAAGCCGAUACGUCACGCUUGGAGCAGAUGGUGCAGAUAGGUAGAGACCGUGGAUAUACGUUUGUAAAUAUGGAUGAAUGUCUCAAAGGAUACAAAGGCGCACCUGGCGAGCCAGAGCUCAAACUCCGAGGAAAGGGUGUUGAAAGCAUCGCAAGCUUCAUGCCAUUCAUCUUGCUUUUGGCAAGACUCUUGUAA